GUUCAUCGUUUUAUUGGUCUAGCACAGUCGAUUUUAUGUCGUCUAGCGUUCUACGCAUCCUGGUUGCUACCCAUUGAACGAACGAAUUACGUAAUGUCACAAGACGCAUAGAAGUUCCCUAUUCGUAGGCCACCACUGCUGCCGAUAAGUACUAGUCCGGUGCUAUGUGAUUUCGAUUGUGAUCAUUUCUACCACGCGGGUUUUGAGACGGUUUUAAUCAAGGAAAGAAGUGUUUCUCAGCAAAGGAACCGGUACGAGAAGAGACUGGAACAACAAAUACUAUAAGAAAAACGCUCAACGAUUUCACAAAAUUAUUUUUUCCAAUAAAUUCAUCCGGGUGAUACUUGGAAUUUUUGCCAAAGAAAAUUCCCGUUCAGCCGAAAGUCACGUCAGAAUAACGAUCCUCCGAUUUUUGAUAUUACUCAAAACCGAAAGGACAUUUAAAGGACUUUGCAGUAUUGACUAUCAUGGUGCUAUAAUAGACAAUUCUUUUUGGCGUUAAGGUGGCCGAUGAGCAGAAACGCGUUGGGAAAUUCGGGGGUGGUUUAAAGGAAAAUGGGAAAACGGGUGAGGAAGACUAGAUGGCGAGCACUUGAUAUUGCCGAUGAACACAGCGACAGUGAAGAGUCCAAUACAAACUCCUCAGCGGUUUCUAGCCGAUACUCUCGAAGCAACAGCAACGGUUACUAUUCCAAAUAUUCUUAUUCUAGUCAAUCGACUCCGGCGCGUAGACGGUACAACCAAUAUGAUGGUAGCACGAAAAGUACCCGGUCGAGUAGCACGACCAGUGAAAACAAAAUUAUUUUUAACGAAGAUGAAUACACGCGAAUCACAACUCCUAGGCAAGACGUUCUAUUUAAGAAGGGUUACUUGAAUAAACCGAAAACGUAUCACACUCAAACUUCCACAGGCAAUUCGACGAUUUCUACGGGUAAUUCCACAGAAAAUGGAACUCCCGAUCACCAAUCCACCGAUUUGGAUUAUGAAUCUCAGUUUAUGUUCCCGAAUGGUUUUGUUGAUCAAAACGGAAUAUACUACGUCAAUAGUUACGAACCAUAUCCUUUAAUGUUAUUCAACCCACCUACGUACUAUCAGGAAUUUUCAAGCAAAACCAAGAGAUACAGCACGGGUUCCUUGAGCGAAUCCAUGAGUCCGAAUAACGAGGAAGCAACUAGUCAAGAUUUAAGUCAGAGUGGAGGAGAUGUCUCAAAUGGUGGCGUAUCAGACUACAGUGGCGGCCCUCCGGUCUACAACAUGAUUUAUCCCGGUUACUACGUUAAUGGCGUUUGUACACCUCCUGACUUGGAGGAUACACAUCAAUACUCGUCGGAACCGGUGAAAAAGUUGAAAAAACGCCGUGAACGCAAAUCGUCAAAAACAGUGGUCGGAGACUCAUCCGAAUGUACAGACGAGAACUCCGAUGUCGAAACGACUGGAAGCUCUUCAGUGCAACGAGUCAGCAUACCAGAACAGGCUUCGCAAGUUUCCGUGAGUGGCGAAGCACUCCCAGUAGAUCCUAAGGAAAAAUCGGCUGAAACUCAACAGCGCAACGUUAACAAUGCCGAUAGUCGUGUAGGCGAUAAAAUCACUAAGACUGCAAGCGAACAAGUUACUAAUAUCGAUCAAUCCCUUACGAAUUGCGGUCUCGAUCAAAAGACUGAUUCUAACGAAGAAAUAUCUGGUAAAGAUCAAGUUCAAUGCAACGCCGAAACUAAGAGACCCUCAGUUCUGAAAGCGGAUGCUGAAGAAUUUUUCCCCCGCGUGUAUCAACCCUGUGGUCCCCCACCCCAUAUCAAAAUGAUUCCCCCCAACUUCAUGCCAAUUCCCCUGGUUCCUCUAGGAGAGUUUGCAGGCCAGAGCUUCACUCCCCACCCAGCAUUUAUUCCCCCAGGAUUUCCAAUCAAUUUCAUUCCUCAACAUUUGGGGCAAAAAAUGUUUCCGCCUCCCGCUCCGGGCUACGUUAAUUACACCCCGCCGAUUGUCGGCGAACCGAAAAUCAAUGAAACUAAUUCCGAACAACACGAGGUUAUCAGGGAAGAGAACGAAAGAGAAACUACAGCAACACCUUCACACACGCCCAUUGUAGACGAUAACAAACUGCAAGUUCAUAGCAAAGUUAUCGAUAUUGCUACAGUGGUUUCCAAGCUGGAAGCGGUUAAGCAGCAAGAAAAGCAAGACGUCGUCGUUGUGGUAGCGGAAGUUUCAAAACCGGUUGUGAAUGAGAGUAGGCCGUUCAGGAGCGCGCCCAAGUAUAGCAAAACGCCAAACUUUAAAAGAAACUACUACAAGUCCAGAAAUUCCCCCUUGCGCAACCUGGACUCAAUAUCUCAAGCUUUAUCUGAUAAUUCGCCCAAUCCGAUUCGCCUGGAUAGUCCGCAACAUUUACGCCAAUCACCUGCCAGAAACGACGUUCACACUGCCCAAAUUACCAGCGAACCUGAACGAGCCAGAACAUACAGAAACUCACCAGCGCGCCAAUCAGAUUCGCCACAAAUCACCAAACCACACUACGCAAAUGGAACGUAUUCUCCAAAAUUGGACCAGAGCAAGCAAAUUGUGCAAAACAAAAAUUGGAAACCCAACCACAGUCAACCCAAUUUUGCCUCCAACAGCCCGAAAAGAAUGCCCAACUAUCAGCCCCAUCAAUCGUUUGCAAAACCCCUUACAAACGGUUUUGCGCAAUCUAACAAUAAAAAUUACUCGCAGUCUUUGAGGCAACCACCGGCACAACCUGCGGAACCAAAAACCGUGUGCGUAAACACUGUCGUCUUGAAAAAGUCCAAUGAAGAUCCUAAAAUUGUUGAAAGCAAAUCAAAAGCCAACAAUCAAUGGAUAUCAGUAAACAACCGAAAAAAGAAGAAAAACAAAAGCAUUGAUGCAGAUUCUGAGCCACUACAAGAAAUGUUGGACUUGCACGACUCCUCUGAUCGCUCUUCGGACUUCGAGAGUUACGACGUGAACCAACUGGUUGAUGUGAUUCCCACUUCUGAAGUGGAAGCGUCCAAAAACCACGAAAAACGCAUUGAAGAUAUAUUAUCCACAAUAGCUCAAACGGAAACUGCCGAACUCCAACCUGCUAACAUCAGCAAUAUUCCCGAGGUGAGUGAUAUCGAAAAAGACAUUAUCGUUAAAAUUGAGGAGCAACAGCAGCCCUCAAAUGAGCCAAAUAAAGACGAUUUGCUUAUAUCGACCGAACCAACCAGGGAUGACGCAACUAAUACAACAGAAAGCACCAAGGCUUCAGUUGAACCCAUUGCAAAUGACGCAAUACAAGAACUAGAACAUGAAGAAAACAGUCUUAAGCUGAAGAAAAAGUCCAAAAAAGGAACCCAGAAGCCGCUAAUGAAGAAAAUUAUCAUCACCGACAUUUUCAAUGACGCAGUUGCUACACCCGAAAUGAAAACACCAAUAAAGAAAGUUGAAGAAACUAAAUCAUUGAAGGCAAAGCCUGAAAUGCCACCGGUUGCCAUUGAGGAAGCUGUGGAAGUAAAAGUUGAGGACGAAUCAAGCGAGGAGAAAGUGACUGCCCAACUGGAAAAAAAGACAAGAAAGAAGAAGAAAAACAAGUCCGCCAAGCCAGUUUCCAAUUUCCCCUCUGAACUGGCCGAUGACUCUGCAUUAGAAAACAGCGCUUUGAAUGAGGUUAUUGGCAAGACUAAUGACGAGGUUUCUUUGGAACUCGACCAGCUCAUUCAGAAAGGAAUGUUUAGCUCACUGCAGGAAAAAAUGAAGUGUUUAAGCGUCGAGCCCGAAACCGAUGAAUUCUUUAAAAAUGUGGGAGCGAUUGUGGCCCCUGGCAAAGACAAACCGGCUCCGAUAGUGAAGGCGCCCGAUUUUAACAGAAUAUUCCAGAGUACGAGGCAGUUUCUUAAACCGAACAUGGUAAGUGAUGAUAAUAGCGAUAUUAAAGUAGAUGUUGGUGAUAAUGAUGAUCAAGGUACUAAAACAUGUUCUUCCACUACAGACGAUGCCGAUCCGGGCGCUGGACUUGUGCUAGAACAUGCUUCGCACGCCCAGUCGGCUCCUUUGGAACCCGAAACUCCAGUGGAAGAGGAAAGGAAUGUUCCACAAGAUGAUAAAAAACUCUAUCCCAUCACUCAGGCCGUGAUGGAGUGGAUGUGCAAAACAAGAGAUGCAACCCCCGAAGUAGAGAUUCUUAAGAGCCCUUCUGAUAUUCAAAAGGAGUUUGGCAACAACGAACCGACUGACCAUCUAGAUUCAGAUUUAGACGAGGAGGUCACGAUAUUUUCGUCGGAGGAAACAUUAAGUCCGGAACAACCUGAUCUACUGGAGUAUUGGGAAAAUGAGUUGCCGGUUGUCUCAAAAGACUGUGAUUUAUCGAAAGACGUUACUCACGAUGCAAGCAAAAUAUGCGCCGACAGUGAAAGUUGUGAUAAAUGUAGGACUGAUAGUAUAAAGCAGGACGAUGAGCAGAUUGAGGUUUAUGAAAGCAAGUACGGCCAAAAUGAGGCAUUUUUGAAUCUUCAACAAGACAUUGGCGAAAACCCAAAGGACGUUCCUCACCAAAAACACUUGCCUUACCGUGGGGUUUGCUGCAGCCUGCAGUGAGGUUGUUGCGUUUCAUUGAACUAUUGAUAUGUAUAUUUUCUUGUUGACGUUUUUUCUUACUCCCAUACUAUAUCGUUGCGAUUUGUUACCUAUUCAUAUAUCACCGGUGUAGCUGACUUGGCUUUUAGCUACAGUAUCGGACACCAAUGACAAUUAUCUUAAUCGUCUCAGUACCGUAUUUAAAGACCUCGUCUAAGGUCGUGUGAUUCGAUAUAUGCUGUUGCCAACAUGUCUUCUGUACAAUAAACGAAAAUUACAUUUUAUACACUUUAGGAAAUAAAGUAUAUGAAAUAUGUACAAAUAAAAAUGCUUCGAGCUAAGAUGUUAAAUAUUUCACGAUGUUGGUGUUCAGGCUAACACCUCUACUGAACAUGUAUAUUAUUUAUCACUGAGCUGACAUAAAUCCAAAGUACACAUCAAAUAAAAGACUUACAUUUAAUAUGCAAUAAAAAGUACCUAAGUUUACUUUUAGAAAAGGGAUGUGUCGAAAGUAUCGGUUCAUGUGACUCACUGGUUGGAUAAGAAUUUACAAUUUCCUAAAUUCUUUUCUAGCUUAAAUCGAAAUAUCAUCGUUAUUAUGUAAUAAGUAUAUUUAACAUCAUUGAGUGUUUUUUAACACUAAAUUAAUAGUGCCGCCAACAUAGCAAACACUCCACGGGCAAUUUCUAUUAUAAAACAGUAAUUUUCCCAUAUAAACAUGAUAUUUAUCUAGCAACUUUAAACAGUUAGCAGAAAAAAUGGACAACAUGACAUAUUAUUCUCGGUCAUUUGUUUAUAUGGGAACAUUUAAUGAUGUAGUUGCAAAAUCAAACACAGUUUCAUUAGGCAAUUGCAUCAAAAGCAAUUCAAAUAAACCCCAAACUACCUGGAAUCUUUUGUCAGAAUGCCUGAUUGCAGUUAUGUUUGCAAAGAUUUAAAAAAUCAUACAAAAAAUCUAUUUGUGUUUUUAUAUUUUGCAUUUUGAGAGUUUUACAUCCGCUGCGCCAUAAUCCCUGAGCCUUUUGCGACUGUUUGAUGUAUCUUGUUUUAAUGUAUAGAUGCUCAAUGAAAACCUUGCAACUCAGUAUGUAGCGGAUGGAAAACCUGGAACAUAAUUUUCAACAUUUGAACAUUUAUUCAGUCUAUCGAAGCUGAUGAAACAUUGUGACUCUUAUUUCAUCACGGUUUUAGAUGUGUUUUUGAACAGCUGGCAAAAUUGUCCUAUAUCAACGCAAACUCAAAGACAAUGUUCAAUUUAUAAUUUUCGUCUGAUUAAUGAUUGAUUGAAUUUUGCAAUAUCUAGGAUAAUUGUUACGAUUUAUGCCUUUUAAAAUCGCAAUUACUGAGAUACCAUAUGUUCUUACAGUAAGUAUUUUAUGCAAAGUGUUUAUGUGGGCUAAAAUCGAUUUUAAAAGGUGUACGAAAUGAUUUAGAAACGGCCAUAUUAAUACGCUCAUUCUAUAUUCUAAAUAGACUAAAUUAGAGAUUUUCAAA